CAAGUGACCUUCAUGUUUUAAUUUUGGUAAUUUUCUUAACAUCCGUAAUAUCAAGUGAGUUUCAUAUUUUUUAAAUUUUUUAUCCGAAAUGAAAAAAUAAUUUUACUUAAGUUUAGAAUGAAAAACUUUAUUUUGAAAAACUAUGUAUUGUAUAUUUUUAUAAUUAUUCAAGUGGAUUAGAUGAAAUUCGGGUUGAGUCGGUCGUGUUACGGGUUAGUCGGGUUCGGGUCAAUCGGGUUCGGGUUAAUCGGGUUGCGGGUCAGUCGGGUUGCAGGUCAAUCGGGUUUGGGUUAAUCGGGUUGCGGGUCAGUCGGGUUGCGGGUUAGUUGGGUUGCGGGUCAAUCGGGUUGCGGGUCAGGCGGGUUAGAGGUUGUUGACUUUUAGUCAAUUCGGGUUGCGAUCGGGUUGCGGGUCGGGUUGAUCGGGCGGGUUAAUCGGGUCGUGGUGUACGUAGCCAUAUCCCGAACACUAAACAGUGCUAAUACAACUCCUUAUUCAACUAAAACACUUAUAAUAAGGCUUAAUUGCAAGAUUGAUCACUGAGAUUACUAAAAACGUUCAUGUUUAGUCACUAAAAAUAUUUAAUUCCAUUCAUGGUCACUAAAAUUAGUAAAACAUUUCAAGUUCGGUCACUCUCCGUCCAACUCCGUUAACUUUGACUGAUGUGACAGUCAACUCUUAAAGUUGACCGUUAAAUGUGUGACGUGGCACUUAAAAUAUAAUAAAAAAUUAAAAUUUUAUAUUUUAAAUAUUCCACCUAAUUAUUAUCAUCACUAAAAAAAUAAAAAUAGAAACCUAAUUCUUCUACUACCUCCGCCGAACCCGCUUUCUCCUCCCCGACUCCACCUGCCGCCAUCAGGGCCAAUCCUCUCUGUGAAAAACUCCACGACGGCAAAUUCAAAAAUCCCCAAAUCUAAAACAAGAUAGUAAAGGAGGUAUCAAUUGGGGAACCAACGUACGAGGACGAUGAGUGCAAUGGCCAAGAAGGGAGGGGAGCGGGACUUGGAACUGAAAAGAGCGCCACCGCUACCGCUGUCACCGUACUGGUGACUAGGCGCUGUGAUCUUCACCUUGCGUGGCGAGGGAUGAUCCGAUGGCGAACCCUAACCCUAUGGACGAAUCUCGCAGGCGGAAGAGGAGUCCCUUGGGGAGCCAGAGGGAUGGGGCGGCGUCGCGAUCGAAACAGUCGCUGGUGGCGAAGCUUCCGGGGAAUAAUCUCGUGAUGGGACAAGUGAAGAUAUUGAAGCUCGAGGAGUUGCUGGGGAAGAGCGAGGAUGAGAAGAAGGGAAAAAGGUGGUGGAUUUGGGAUUGGGAUCGGUUUGGGCCGGAGCUAGAGACGGUUCGGAAGGAGGUUAGGGUGGAGGAGUUUAAUAAAGCCGUGGAUGUGAUGUAUGCAGGUUCGGCAUUUUUCACCUCGUCGCGUCCUAGUUUGCUUCUUGUGUCGGCGUUUAAUUGUGUGAUUAGUGAGAAGGUCAAAGGAUCAGAGAUGAUGAUAUGGUAGAUGGUGGAGAUGAUGGUUCGCUUCUUGGUGAACAGUCGGACCUUCAGCCGUGAUGGCGGCGCAAGGGCGGAUUGCUAGGUCUCAUCUCGCGUAGAUGUAGAAGAUGAAGAAGAAUAGAGCGAGUUUUUGCAGAUAGGUUUCUGCCAUAGUUUGUGUUUCUGUAGUUGUGGACUUGCGGUGGUGGGUGUUGUUAGCUGCUCUGGGUUUUUUAGUUGGCUCUACUAAUUAGUGGUGACCAUUCGGACCCUCAGCCGUGAUGGCGGCGGGUGGAGUCGGGGAGGAGAAAGCGGGUUCGGCGGAGGUAGUAGAAGAAUUAGGUUUCUAUUUUUAUUUUUUUAGUGAUAAUAAUAAUUAGCUGUAAUAUUU